CGGAUGUUUACAGAAAUGUCUGCCAUAAGUAGCUGGUAGCUAGCUAGCUAAUUGACAGAACUACUCACACAGAAUACAAAUUCAUUUUUUACAAAUUCCCAUACAGAUGUCUCCGGUGGUUACUUAAUUGUUAGCUAGGUAGUUACUCAAAAUAGCUCGCGAAAUACGCAAAGAUCACCACGCUAAGUUUCAGUCAUGCAGCUAAAACAUCUGAAAACCCUUUUAAUCCCUCAAGAUGGAGCUGCAAAGGUGACUUGCAUGACUUGGGCACCAAACAACGCGAAGUUUGCAGUCUGCACCGUAGACAGAGUGGUCUUACUUUAUGAUGAACAAGGAGAGAGAAGGGACAAGUUUUCCACUAAACCCGCUGACUCAAAGUAUGGAAAGAAGAGCUAUGUUGUCAAGUCCAUGGCAUUUUCCCCUGACUCCACAAAAAUCGCCAUAGGUCAGACUGACAACAUUAUUUAUGUUUACAAAAUUGGAGAGGAAUGGGGUGAAAAGAAAGUAAUCUGCAACAAGUUUGUGCAAACAAGUGCUGUAACCUGUUUGCAAUGGCCUGCAGAACACGCUAUUAUUUUUGGAUUAGCUGAGGGGAAGGUUCGUCUGGCCAACACAAAAACAAACAAGUCAUCCACAAUAUACGGAACAGAGUCCUAUGUUGUUUCGUUAACAUCAAAUGUCUCUGGGAAGGGAAUACUCUCAGGACAUGCCGAUGGUACAGUCGUGCGCUAUUUCUUUGAUGAUGAAGGUUCAGGUGAAUCUCAGGGUAAACUGCUGACCCACCCAUGCCCACCGUACGCAUUGGCAUGGGGUGCCAAUAGCAUCAUUGUGGCUGGAUGUGACAAGAAGAUUGUUGCCUAUGGGAAGGAGGGCCAUGUAUUACAGACUUUUGACUACAGUCGUGAUCGCACGGAGAAGGAGUUCACCGUGGCAGCUACUAGCCCCAGCGGCCAGUCUGUGGUCCUUGGCAGCUAUGAUCGAUUGAGAGUUUUCAACUGGAGUCCACGGAGAAGCUGCUGGGAUGAAGCCCCUCCUAAAGAGAUCCCCAACCUGUACACCAUCACUGCCUUGGCCUGGAAGAAGGAUGGCUCCCGGCUUUGUGCGGGGACAUUGUGUGGAGGAGUGGAGCAGUUUGACUGCUGCCUGCGGAGGAGCAUCUACAAGAAUAAAUUUGAGAUGACUUACGUGGGUCUGAGUCAGGUCAUAGUGAAGAACCUCUCGACAGGCACACGUGUGGUGCUCAAGUCCCACUAUGGCUACGAGAUCGACGAGGUGAAGAUCAUGGGGAAAGACCGCUUCCUGGUGGCCCACACCUCCCACACCCUGCUCCUGGGAGAUCUUGGCUCUAAUAAACUGAGUGAGGUGGCGUGGCAAGGCUCUGGGGGGAACGAGAAAUUCUUCUUUGAGAACGAAACGGUGUGCAUGAUAUUCAAUGCUGGUGAGCUGACUCUGGUGGAAUAUGGAAACAAUGAGAUCCUGGGUUCCGUGCGGACUGAAUUCAUGAACCCUCACCUUAUCAGCGUUCGCCUGAAUGAGAGGAAACAGAGGGGUAUUGAAGACAACAAAAAGUUAGCCUACCUGAUCGACAUCAAGACCAUUGCUGUUGUGGAUCUGGCUGUCGGUUAUAACUUGGGCACCGUAAGCCAUGAUUCCAAGAUCGACUGGCUGGAGCUGAAUGAGACGGGCCGCAAGCUGCUCUUCAGGGAUAAAAAGCUGCGGUUACACCUGUAUGACAUUGAGAGCUGUGUCAAGACCACGGUGUUGAGCUUCUGCUCCUACGUCCAGUGGGUUCCGGGCAGCGACGUGGUGGUGGCCCAGAACCGGGGGAGCCUGUGCGUUUGGUACAACAUCGACAGCCCUGAGCGGGUCACUAUGUUCCCCCUGCGGGGGGAUAUCGUGGAUCUGGAAAGAAGUGAUGGCAAAACAGAGGUGAUUGUGACUGAGGGUGUCAACACUGUCUCCUACACUUUGGAUGAGGGACUGAUCGAGUUUGGGACUGCUAUUGAUGAUGGGGACUAUUACAGAGCGACUGCGUUUCUGGAGACGCUGGAGAUGUCAGCGGAGACGGAGGCCAUGUGGAAGACCCUGAGCAAGCUGUCCCUGGAGGCGCGACAGCUUCACAUUGCAGAGAGGUGUUUUGCAGCCUUGGGUGAUGUGUCUAAAGCUCGGUUUCUGAACGAGACUAACAAGAUUGCAGACCAGGUCUCCAAGGAAUACGGCGGCGACGGGACAGAGCACUAUCAAGUUAAAGCUCGGCUUGCUAUGCUGGACAAAAAUUACAAACUGGCAGAGAUGCACUUCAUGGAACAGAAUGCCAUUGAUGAAGUAAUGGAAAUGUACCAGGAGCUUCACAUGUGGGAUGACUGCAUUGCAGUAGCAGAAGCUAAGGGGCAUCCUGAGCUGGACAACCUGAGGCGAAGCUAUUACCAGUGGCUGAUGGAAACGAACCAGGACGAGAAGGCGGGCGAGGUGAAGGAGAGCGAGGGCGACCAUCACGGCGCCAUCAACCUGUACCUGAAGGCGGGGCUGCCCGCCAAGGCUGCGCGGCUCGCCAUGAGCCGCGACGAGCUCAUCUCCAACAGCGACAUCGUCAACCGGAUUGCCUCGGCCCUCAUUAAGGGCGAGUUCUACGAGAGGGCUGGAGACCUGUUUGAGAGAAUCAGGAAUCACCAGCGAGCCCUGGACUGCUACCGCAAGGGGAAUGCCUUCAGGAAAGCUGUGGAGCUAGCUCGCAUUGCCUUCCCUGCUGAUGUUGUGAAACUGGAAGAGGCGUGGGGCGACUACCUGGUCCAGCAAAAGCAAAUGGAUGCUGCUAUUAACCACUACAUUGAAGCAGGGUGUUCCUCCAAAGCGAUUGAGGCGGCCAUCGGGGCUCGGCAGUGGAAGAAAGCGGUCCAUAUUCUGGAGCUGCAGGAGGACCGGGCUAGCGCCAAGUACUACCUGAAGAUAGCACAGCACUACGCCUCCGUACAGGAGUAUGAGGUGGCAGAACGCCUGUUUGUUAAAGGCGAUCAUAUCAAAGAUGCCAUCGAUAUGUACACUCAAGCUGGACGGUGGGAGCAAGCGCAUAAGCUGGCGGUGAAGUGCAUGACGCAGGAAGACGUGUCCGCUCUCUACAUCUCCAGGGCCCAGGAGCUGGAGAAGGAGGGCAAGUUCAAGGAGGCCGAAAGGCUUUUUGCCACAGUAGAUGAGCCAGACCUGGCCAUAACCAUGUACAAGAAGAAUAAGAUGUAUGAUGACAUGAUCCGCCUGGUGGCCAAGCAUCACAAAGACCUGCUGACAGAGACACACCUUCACUUGGCCAAGGAGCUAGAGGGAGAGUCCAGGUUCCAGGAAGCUGAAUAUCAUUACAUGGAGGGACAGGACUGGAAGGCUGCUGUCAACAUGUACAGAGCCCACGACAUGUGGGAGGAGGCUUACAGGGUGGCUAAGGGCCAUGGGGGAGCCAGCGCCCACAAGCAGGUGGCGUACCUGUGGGCAAAGAGUCUGGGAGGAGAGGCUGCAGUCAAACUGCUGAACAAGUUCGGGCUGCUGGAGACCGCCAUCGACUUUGCGGCAGACAACUGCUCCUUCGACUUUGCCUUUGAGCUGGCAAGGCUGGCCAUGAAGCACAAGAUUCCAGACAUCCACCUGAAGAAUGCCAUGUUCCUGGAGGACGAGGGCAAAUUCGCAGAAGCGGAGACGGAGUUCAUCAAAGCGGGGAAGCCGAAAGAAGCAGUGCUGAUGUACUUCCACAACCAAGACUGGAGCAACGCCCAGAGGGUGGCGGAGGCCCACGAGCCGGACAGUGUGCCGGACGUGCUGGUGGGCCAGGCCAAGUUCUGCUUCGAUCAGAAAGACUACCAGAAAGCCGAGGCCUUCCUACUGAGAGCACAGCGCCCGGAGCUUGCCAUCAAGUACUACAAAGAUGCAGAGAUGUGGAGCGAUGCCAUGCGGAUUUGCAAAGAGUAUGCCCCUAACAAACUGGCGAUCUUGCAGGACGAAUAUGAAAAGGAGGCUGCCAAGAAAGGCUCACGGGGCGUGGAGGGCUUAGUGGAGCAGGCGCGUGAGUGGGAGCAGUCCGGGGAGUAUGCCAGGGCCGUGGAGUCUUACCUCAAGGUCAAGGACUCCUCCAACAUCCCCCUCAUGGAGAAGUGCUGGAUGAAGGCUGCUGAACUGGCCAUUAAGUUCCUGAGCCAGGACAGGGCAGUGGAGGUGACCCAGACAGUGGGACCAAGGCUCGUCCAGAUGGGGAAGUACAGCUCGGCAGCUGAGCUUUACAUCAACCUGGACCUCAUUAAGGAAGCCAUAGACGCAUUCAUCGAGGGAGAAGAAUGGAACAAAGCUAAAAGAGUGGCCAAGGAACUAGAUCCAAGGUUUGAGGAUUAUGUGGAUCAGCGAUACAAAGAACACUUGAAGAACCAGGGCAAAGUGGACUCUCUUGUAGGGGUGGAUGUUAUGGCAGCCCUUGAUAUGUAUGUGGAAAGAGGCCAGUGGGAGAAAUGCAUUGAGACAGCCUCUAAACAGAAUUUCAAGAUACUUCACAAAUACAUCGCCCUGUACGCCACCCACCUGAUCAAAGAGGGGGAGUGUGAGAAAGUCCUGACCCUGUACAUCAAUCAUGGAGCCCCAGCCAAUCCUCAGAACUUCAACAUCUACAAGCGCAUGUUCCUGGACUUGCUGAGCCUGCCAGGCCGGGACGGGGCGGAGGCGUACCGCAUGUGGGCCGGCCUCCGGGACGUCCUGCUGCUGCUGUGUGACAACCUGGUGAAGACCGCGGAGGCCAACUCCCCAGCCCACGAGGAGUUCGAGCUGAUGCUGCUCAUCGCACACUACUACGCCACUCGCUCGGCCGCCAAAGGGGUCCACCAGCUGGACACGGUGGCAGCCAAGCUCUCCAUCUCCUUGCUGCGACACACGGAGCUCAUUCCAGCUGACAAGGCCUUUUACGAGGCGGGCCUGGCUGCCAAGGAAGUUGCUUGGGAGAACAUGGCCUUCAUUUUCCUGAACCGUUUCCUGGAUCUGAGUGACGGGAUCGAGGAAGGCAAUCUGGACGCGCUCGAUCACACGGACUUCCAGGACACUGAUAUCCCCUUUGAGGUUCCGCUACCAGCCAAGCAGCAUGUUACUGAGGACAAGCGAGAGGAGAUCCGGGACUGGGUGCUGACUGUGUCCAUGGACCAGCGAGUGGAGCAGGUGCUGCCCAAAGACGAGCGGGACUCGUAUGAGGGCUCGCUGCUGGCCGCCAGCACUGGGAUCCGCUCCCUGCCUUGCGUCAUUACAGGCUACCCGGUACUCCGAAAUAAAAUAGAGUUCAAAAGACCUGGAAAGGCAGCAAACAAGGAUGACUGGAAUAAAUUCCUAAUGGCGACGAAGACCACUCACAGCCCAGAGUGUCAGGAUGUGCUGAAGUUUGUGAGCCAGUGGUGUGGAGGACUUCCUACUGCUGGCUUCUCUUUCCACUGAGCACGCGUAAGCCAGUCCCUGAGCCUCCGCAGUUCCCACAGCCUGGAUGCACAGGCAUUGGAAUCUCACUCUGCUUCUCUGUUGCGCUCCACUUCUCUCUCCCAGUGUCUCCCGCUUCUCUCUCCACUUUUUCCUUUGAGUGUUUGGUUUUCUUAGUGGGGAAAAAAGAGCAAGAACCCCUUAUGUUAUUCUAUCCUUAAAAUGGAACUGUGCGAAAUUAGAACCCCAUUGGUGAAGAGCAUCCUCUUGCUCUGCUGUCAGUUAUGUCUUGAGAGAGUGCUACUGAGUCACUGAGCCCCCUUGUCUCUGGCCUCUUUGGCUGGAGGAUGUCCUUAGCAUCUGUACCUUGCGUUGUAGAUAUAAGUCAAUAUAUAAACUCAAAAACUCUGUCCUUUAAUUUCAGCUCCAUAUUGAAACAUUUGCUAUCAUUCUUUAUUUUUACCCACCAUACAUUUUCCCUGUGACUGGUCAAAUUUUAAUAUGUAUAUAUUAAGUAACAAAAACACCUACUUUAAUUUAUUUUCUGAAUCUAAGGACAAAGCACUUGAACAGUUAGAUUGAAUUCCCCUGUCUCUUCUCCCAGGUUCAGCAUGGCUUCUCCCUCUGUAGAGGUCUUAUCUGGGCUGGUCUCAGAGCUCCCACAUCCCUGUGUUCUCUCUGAUGGAUGUCUGUCUGAAGCUGACAAAUAACAGAUAUAGACUGCUCUUAGACUGGCUUUCCAGCUGCUGUAGAACCGGCUUGGUUUGUGCAUUUGCAGUUGAGGACUCUAAAACAACACCAUUGCACCUCUGCUAAAAAUAACCUCUUAGCUUAAAGUACAGCUGUUCUCGCAUUUUGUGAGCCUAUUGCAGAAACUUGUCAAGAAAAUUACAGUGAUGUUAACAAUCAACACAUACUCUCUUGUCAAUGGCAGAUCCAUUUAACUUCAGAUGUAUUUGAAUGUAUUUUAUGCAGAUGUUAAGUCUGUAGUUUAUUACAACACAGAAUGUAUAUUAA